AUGAGUUUGUCGGCUACUUUCCAGGACCAGGAUUGGGAAGCUAGUGAUACCACUGGGCAUGCUUUCCUCACUCUCUAUUCCAUCUUUCUUGUUCCCUUUUUGCCUUUUGAGUUUGUUUUUAGGGGAAAGACUAGUGGGACAAAUAAAGAGAUAAAUAUUGGGAUAAUGAGGAGAGAGAGUGCUUAA